ACUUUCAUAGGAGGAAUGGCCGCUGGUACGAGCUACUACGCAGCGUCUCCCGUGAUGAGAACCCGAUCUGCGACGCCAGUUUCAAUGAACGACAUGUCGAGAUUGUUAAGCGCAAGCCAAGACCGAAAAGGACUUGGCCACGCUAGAACCUAUUACAAUCCGGCCAGUCAGAAAUUAUAUUCAAGAUAUUCAACAAAAGAAUGGGAAGAAUCAAACAAAAACUACUUUUCCCUAUCCGAAUCGGAAAGAAACGUCGCUGAACGUCUUAGAUCUGAUAUGUGGAGGGCAGUUAAAACUACAGAUGCCAGAACAAAGAACAGACAACACGCAAAUACAAAAAAAUUGGGUAAGUACCACUAAAUUUCAAUCAAAAACAACAACAAAAACAACAAAAAACUUCAAAAAACAAAUUACAAUGUCUUUCAUUUGUUUUUUUUUUUUUUUCACAAAAAUCAUUCUUUUGUUUUUUAAAAAAAAAAAAAGAAAGGAAAACCAAAAAAAAGAAAAGAAGAAACUUUUCUCUCUUUCUCUCUUUCUCUAUCUCUCUCUCUCUCUCUCUAUCUCUCUCUCUCUCUCUCUCUCUCUUCAAAGAUUUUUUUUUUCAUGAAUAUUUAAAAACUUUGUUUUAAUUAUAAAAGAAGUAGCAAAAGCAAAGGAAAAAAAGUAAACUUGUUUAAUAGAAUAGACAGAUUUUAAUAAAUAAUUAAUAUACUGUCUAAUAAUAAGGAAAUAAAGUAUAAACACUCUCUCUUUCUCUAAAACAAUGUUUGAAUAUUGUACAGUUUGUCACAACUAUUUAAAGUAAAUUCUCCAUACCGUCUUAAUUAUAUCCUUGUUCUAGUCUAUUCCAUUUUCUCCUCUCACUUUCCGUUUCUAUUUUACUUGAACUUCUUUCAUUAUUAAUCUGUUGAAAAUUAAUAUUUGUGUUAUAGAGUGUGUCUAAAUAAUGAAAAUUUAAUAUUCAUGUUAAACUUUUCUUUUGUCUAUUCUUUUCUAUUAAAAUUUAUUAUCAAGUGUUUUACUGUAAAUUCAUAUACGUAAUAGUUUAUUUACAACGUUUUUCGUAUGAUUUAGUAAACGAGAGGGAAUUGCAUGAAUGGGGAUAAUUCAAGAUUGAACUUAUGAAGAAAGAUAAUGUAUUUGUAUGUAUAUGAUAGGUUUAUUAUGUGAUAAUAGCAGUUAUAUCAUAGAACUAAAAAGAUUAGCGUAGAAAGAAGAGAGAGAGGCAUAGAACGAUGUGUAAAUUUAUAUAUAAGAAAGAAUAAGCUACUUGUCAAGACAAAAAAGAAUUUAGUAAAUUUACGACGAUAAUUUAGAUAAAAUAAUCAAGUGUUAAAAUCUUUUCCCUCUUUUCGAUCUAUAAUAUAUUUACAUAAUCGAUUUGACUUUAGAGAAUAGCUUUCAUUUUGUGUAGAUUACAGUACCACAUUAAAACAAUUAUCUUAUAACCCUAAACACAAUCAAUAAACUAUGGAGAGCUAGGCAUUUAACACUAUAGUUUAAUUUAGUAAGUGGACAACGAUAGAAUAGAGGUCGUUCACUGUUCACUGUUCCCGAAUAACUGUUUGAAAUAUAAAAUAAAAGAGUAAAUGACAAUCAAUAGCUUGAACGAGAGUGAAAGAGAGAGAGGGAGAGAGAGAGAGUGGAUGCCAAGAGAGAGUAAAUUUUCAUUAUAUAAAUAUACGAAUAUAUAAUUUUUAAACUAUAAACUUGAGUGUUUUUAAUGAAUUAGACAAAAAUUCACCUUAAAAGGUAAAUAAAUGUUAAUUAGGUGAUCGAGUUCAAGACAUAUUGUUUUGGAAGCAUGAAUUACAUUGUGAAAUGCAAGCAAUGGAUCAAGAAAUAAGCAAUUUACAGGUCUCUUAAACAAUUCUUUCACACCACCAUAAUUAUGUUGUUCUAUUUUUAUUUCUUGUUUAUCAACACCUUAACAAACCUAACUAUUUUAUUUUUUAUUUAUUUGCCUUUGCACAAAUAACCUUGAAAUUUAUGUCCUUUUUUUGCCGUGUUAUUUAACAGGGAAUCGAGUGUCAGAUAUCGCCUACUGGAAGGGUGAAUUAGUACAUGAAAUGAGAGAAAUGGAUAUGGAAACAGAAAAUCUAGAGGAGCAUAAAAGAGUUUUGGAAAAAGCCUAUGCGGAUACGAAAACUCCAUUUGUCAUUGCUGAAGAAUGCCUUUUGCAAAGAGAGAAGAGACAAGGAAUCGAUCAAGUUCACGAUGAUGUUGAAAGAGCUCUAUCGAAGGAAGUUGACUGUAUUAAAAGAUGUCAAGUCAAGAUGAAGGCUCUGAUUCAAAAGGCUGAGGUUCAAUUAAAGAUGAAUAGAGCUGCUCAGCACACUUGCGACAAAGACGCAAAGGACAAAGGCCAUGCUCAACACGUUGAUGAUAAAAUGUAUGGUUUACGUAAUUCGUCGGGUGGAAUUGGUUUCCACCCUGGAGUCGAGAGUGUUGACAAUACCGUAACGAUCCCUUACACUUGGGUUAAGUAUACGCAAGAGAACAUUAGGAGGUCUCAGCACGAAAGGGAAAUGUCGGAAAAGUUAAGAGGGGAAAUCGACAGUCUUUUACGUGCUUGUGCAAAUGAAAUGUGGAGUCAUUUCAACAACGUCAACAACGCUUUCCAGAGUAGAGUUCAAUCUACUCAGGACGCAAAAGCAAAGCUUCAAUCUCAUAUGCAAAGAACUUGCAACGAGAUUCGUGAUAUGGAAAGAGCUAUAGAAUUACUGAAAAAGGCUAUCAAAGACAAGGAGGGACCAAUGAAGGUUGCUCAAACUCGUCUUGAUGAAAGAACUCGAAGAAUCAAUGUUGAAUUAUGCAAUGAUCCAGUAAUGAAAGGACUACAAAGAGAAGUGCACGAAAUUCGUGAGUCGGUUCGUAUUCUGAAGGAUAAACUUCGUAGAGCUGAGAAUGCUCUUAUCCGUCUAUUGAAGACAAGAGCUCAAUUGGAGCAUGAUAUUGGUAUUAAGGAGAAUAGUCUGCAGAUUGACUCAAAAGUUUGUAUGGGUAUGCGUAAAAACAUGCCAAUGGAUCCUAAAACCGGACCAGUUUAUACCAUGCCAGUUAGCUGUUAUUAAUCACUUCUUCUAUGAGAGGAACAAAACAGAAAAUAUAUAUUAACAAAAAAAUGAAAAAUUGGGAGAGAUGCUACAGAAUAGGAAUGAUUAUAUUAUUUAAAUAUAUUAAAAAACGUAUAGAUUAUAAAGAGAAAAUAUCAAACUUAUAUUUAUAUAAUAAUGAUAAUAAAAUAAUAUAUUUAUCGUUUUUUUCAUUCUUUUCCUUAUUUUUCUGAAAAUUUGCCUGCUGAUCACCGACUUAUGCUUGUACCAACUCAGUAUUGACUAUCACCAUUUUCUGUGUAAUGUGGCAUGUAAACGGUCAAUAAUAAAGUUGCUUUAACAAAAGAAGAAAUAUAAUAAUUACAUAUUAAUUAUUCAUUUAUGAAUUGCUUUAAGUCUUAGUUAUGACAGUUUUUAUAGAGCACC